ACCCCUUCCUUCGUUUUGUCGCUUCGCUGUUUUACUUUCGUUCGGUCCGUACCAGCGGCACGUUUCGACCUCACAAGAAUGUAACGUGUGUGCGUGUGUUUUUCGAUCGUACCUCAUCAAUUUCGAAGAUGGACCAGAUGGAGAACACGAGCAAGUGCUCGAGCAACGAGAUACCUUCGAUACCGGAAUAUUUGUCUGCGACAAAUGUCUACGGAAUAACGCUGGUCUCGAUGGGCACGGUUGCGGUGCUCGUCGUUGUCGCAAUGUUCCUCGACACCUUCCUUUACGUAAUGAAAAACGCCUCGUCCAAAGUGAAAGCGCACACCGCCUUCGUAAUUGGAGUGUAUCCGGUCAUUUCGUUGGUGACGUACUUUGCGAUAUUGGUGCCGCGUUCGCAUCUGAUCGCCGAGGCGAUCACCCAGGGCAUGUUCAUGGCCGGGAUGUACCAACUGUUCUGCCUGUUCGUCGCCUACUGCGACGGCGAAGCUGAGGUGGUGCGAAGAGUCAAGCCGGCGAAGCUGAGCCUGCAGGUCAAUCCGCUGUGCUGCUUCCCGUGCUGCAAACUUCUGCCGACGUUUCAUGUUACCAAAAAGUCGGUCAGGACGUUGAGGUUUAUGGUGUUGCAGCUGCCGAUUUUCCAAAGUCUCGUUUACUUGACGCUUAUUGUUAUGUGGGCUGAACGAGAGAGUUUAUAUCGCAUCAAUUAUCUAUACAUUCAACCUUUGAUCGGCAUCUCGAUUCUGAUCGGCAUUUGGGGCAUUUCCAUGAUGAUCAACAUACUUAAAUCGAUUCUGGUCGAUGAAUUUAUUAUUGGAAAAUUCAUAGUGCUCCAAAUGGUGCUGUUGCUUGCAAAGAUGCAGGGCUUUUUCACCAGAGCUCUGGUCUGGAUGGAUCUGUUGCCUUGCAAACCUCCAAUUACUCCAGCAGUUUAUGGAAACCUGUUGCAUAAUACGUUGAUGUUGGGAGAAAUGGUUCUAUUAGGUGCUGUGGCAAGAUUCUUAUACAAAAGACGUCUGCCAGAAACUGUGGACGUACCGACAAAAAUUACAACAAUCGGUUCGAUUAUGAGCGACGAUUUCGCCAAUAACAACAACAAUAACAAUCAAAUUGUUAUCAAAUCGGAGAAGGAGUUGAUUGGCUACGAAAAUCAUGCUUGUGAUAUUAAGUUGUAAUUGUAUUACUCCAGAUGAUGUAGUUUUCAUUAUUUUUUGCAGGGUGCAAAUAAAAUCAAUAGUUUUA